AUGGAUGUGUUUCAAGAACUAGGUGCUAAGGAUCAGCAAUUCACAUACAGAGUUCAGGCAGACAAAGAAGGAAGAAUUAGUACACUGAUGUGGGCAAAUGGAAACAGCAGACUACAAUACAAUUUUUUCGGUGACGUGGUGACUUUUGAUACAACUUACAGGACAAACCUGUACGACAUGCCAUUUGGGCUAUUUGUCGGAGUUAACAACCAUUUCCAGAGCAUCAUACUAGCCGGCGUGCUGCAUGCCUCUAUUUUUGCAGACCAGAACCGUGCAAUGGAGGUUGCCAUACAGAAUGUGCUGCCUAGCACAGCCCACCGAUGGUGCAAGUGGCACAUUCUGAAGAAAGCAAAGGAGUCGCUGGGUAGAUUGUACUCGAAGAAGAGUGAUUUCCAAGCGGAAUUUCACAAGGUUGUUAAUCACAUGUUAACAAUUGAUGAGUUCGAGGAAGCAUGGAAGUUCCUAAUCGAUAAAUAUAACCUGAGCUCACAUGAGUACAUGACAAACCUAUACGACGUCCGGCACAAGUGGGCAAAGCCUUAUUUCAAAGGUGUGUUCUGCGCUAAAAUGACUAGUACUCAGCGGAGUGAGAGCGCGAACCAUAUGUUGAAGAACUAUAUACCCCCAGGCUGCCCAAUGCACCUAUUUGUGAGGAAAUACAUGGCCUUGCAGUUCGACCGGGAAGCAGAGGAAAAUUAUGAGGAAAAACGGACCAGAAUUGGGAGGCCGCUAUUUAGAGCAAACAUGGCGACUGAAAGGCAUGCUGGCAAGAUAUACACAAGAGCAAUGUUCGAGCAAUUUGGGCAUAUAAUAUAUGAAUGUGGUGCUUACCAGGUGGAAGAGGUUGAGAAAGGGAAAACUUAUGUUGCCAUACAUACUGAUGCAGCACGGAGAGAGAAGUGGUGCAGGAUUUCAUACAAGGUGACCGUUGUGGACGCUGGGGAGGAAUUUGACUGCGAAUGUGGCCAGUUCAGUCACACGGGGCUGCUGUGCAGCCAUGUCCUCAAGGUCAUGGACUUCAUACGUAUAACAGAAAUCCCAAAGAAGCACAUAGUGAAGAGGUGGACAAGAGACGCCCGUGACAUCCUGCCUCCACAUCUAAGCCAAUACCAGAAGGACAAUGCUAACAAGAACAACCCAUUCAGUUACAGACAUUUCACCAUGUAUAUGCAAGCGAUGGAGCUUGUACGAAUGGGGGAUACAAGUGUCCAGGCAUAUGAACGCCUGCUUGCACUGUUCAAACAUUGUGUGGAAGAGAUGAAGGCAUUUGCAGAUAUCAGAGAUGGCCUGGGGCUGGAGGACCGGAUGGCUGAAAAUGUAGUUGUUGUUAACCAAGAUAAUGUAGGAGGCGACGAGUUGGGGCUUGAUCAAAGGACGACUGCAGCGAUUGUCAAUGAUGAUAACAACUCAGGAAAUGAAUCGGGGAAUAUGAUGGCAGGGUUGUUGCCUCCUGCCAAAAGGAAAGAAAUGGGCAGACCUACAACUAGUCGAGAAAAGGCACCAUACGAAGGUCUCAGCAAGAGAACUAGAUUUUGUACAAUAUGUCGACGAGAAGGGCAUAAGCGAACAACCUGUCCUGAUCGCGGCGAUGUCCCUAAACAUCCACCUGUUUGGACAUCACCGUUUCCUUUUGGUGAAACAGUAAAUGGAGCAGCAGCAGCGGUGCGUUAUGAGUGUACCAACCAGACUGCUGGGCGGCAUUUCGGUUCAAAUUUUGAAGCAGAUGGGCGGGGUGGCGUGUGCCCAGCUGCCCUUAAAGGCAAGGCAGAAGCAGAUUCAGAGUCUUCGGUGAAUCAAGGAGCUGAAUCACAGCUCGUCGGUCCUGAGACUUCAGAUGUGUCUUCGCUUUUACAAUAUGUAGGAGUUGUUGGGGUAGAGGCGCAUGCAGGCGAGGUGGCGAUCAUGCAACCUGAUGUGGCAGCUGUAGAGGAAGGUUAUGGCAACCACGAUCCAGAAGAUGGUGGCAAAAGUGCUGAAGAGCACGGAGAAGGCGCAGCGCACUCUUCGGAAUCGCUGAUGGAUGAUGAUGCAGAGGAAGAAAGCACCAUGUCGGUUGCUAAGCGCCGUAGAAUUAUGUAG